AUGGUUUUCUACUUCCAGGCGCGACCAGAAGACGGAGAUUACACGAUAUUCAUGGGAAUCGACAAGCACGAGAACGAGGAACUCAUCAAAUACGGCUUUCCCGAAGACAUUUGGUUCCAUGUGGAUAAAAUGUCUUCAGCUCAUGUUUAUCUUAGAUUGCCCAAGGGUCGGACUUUUGAUGAUAUACCCGAAGGUGUACUUGAAGAUUGUGCCCAACUAGUUAAAGCAAAUUCUAUCCAAGGAAACAAAAUAAAUGAUGUUGAUGUUGUUUACACUCCUUGGCAAAAUCUUAAGAAGACUGCCUCCAUGGAUGUUGGACAAGUUGGAUUCCACAACCCCAGAAUGGUUCGUACUGUAAAAGUGGAAAAGCGAAUAAAUGAGAUAAUUAACCGGUUAAACAGGACAAAGGUGGAAAGGAACCCUGAUUUCAAAGCUGAACGAGAGGCAGUCAAUGCUGCUGAAAGAUCAGAGAGGAAACAGCAAUUUAGAGAGAAAAAACGGCGGGAAGAGUUGGAAAGACUCGAAAGGGAGAAACAAUCCGAGUUGAGAAGCUACAAAAACUUGAUGGUAGCUGAGAAGAUGACAUCCAACAAGGAGAUUGCUUCAACUACCAAGUCCCUGCAAGAGCUUGAAGAAGACUUUAUGUGA